AUGGGUUUAGAACCAGAGUUAUCAGUAUCUCUUUUGAUCGACAGGCUCAUGGAGAUGCCUUUCCUUUCAGGCUUCACAACCACCAGGCCGGAAUCAAAUUCAAGUCGCGAUUCUGAACAUCCGGAUCACGAAUCUACAAACAGUCUUCAUCAUCAGGGUUCGUCACUUGACAGGAUCAUCUUGAUCAGCCCGGUGACGCAAGGAAUCGUUGUGAUCGGAGGUGGCACUACUAUUGGUUUUGAAUCCCUGAUGAACGAUCUGAUGAGGAAGGACGGCCAGCCACCGGCACCUUAA